CUUUGAGGCGCGCCACCUGCCAAACAAAACAUUACGCAACGCAGCAUCUGCCUUCUCACCCCACCAUUUUGAAAUGCUAUUACCAUAAGCUUCUGCUGGUACAGAAACUAUCCCCGUGAUUAUUUAGUCUAUGUCCGCGUAUCGCCUAGGCACUCAUCCAGACAAACGAACCGUGUCUUCACCUCGCAGCCUUCCUCAGCCUCGAGUCUCAGUACAAGACAUCGCCCCCUUCAGCACCUUUCAACUCCACCACCGAUCCGCACAUAGAGCUUUGCGGACAUCAUUCUAAGUUUACGAGAUGCUAUAGUAUUAUUUGGUGUACUGAGGAACAUCUGCGAAAUAGGAUAGCCCGUUGCGGCAGGUGAGCAUCGUUGCGUCACCUCGAGGAUGGAUUUCACGAAGCUCAGAGCGGCGGCUCUGAAGGAUGGAGACGAUGAGGAGGCUGUCACGGUUAAUACUCGAGCUCUGAUAGACAAAGUCCUCGCUCGUUACUCUGGAGAAUGGACCACGCUUCGAGAAUUAAUCCAGAAUGCCGCGGACGCCCAAGCUACAACGGUCACAAUCAAAUUCGAAACUCUACCGUCUCCUACAGUCCCCCUCUCGAACACAACGAACCAGUCAGAAGUAUUGAAACAUGUCCUACUACAUCAUACAUUACGACGUCUCCUUGUCACAAACAAUGGACAGCCAUUUGGGGUAAACGACUGGUCGAGACUAAAGCGGAUAGCAGAGGGAAACCCGGAUGAAACAAAGAUUGGGGCCUUUGGUGUUGGAUUCUACAGUGUCUUUGCAGACUGUGAGGAACCAUUCGUGAGCUCGGGGAAAGAGGCUAUGGCAUUCUACUGGAAGGCAAACUCAUUAUAUACGAAGAGACUCCUGUUGCCACCCGAAGAGAGCAACCCUAAUACCAGUUUUGUACUCGACUACCGGAAUACCACCACGCCUAUGCCAAAUCUUCUAUCUAUCUGUCAGUUCCUGGCAACUAGCUUGACAUUUGUUGCUCUACAGAAAAUCGAGCUGCAAGUGGACGACUGGAAGAUCAUAAGCUUGGAGAAGAAGUCCGCGCCGAGUAUCGAGGUACCGAUUGCUCGAGAUGUCGAGACCAAGACAAAAGAUGGGUUGAUGAAAGUUCAAAGUAUGGAUCGGGAGAGCGUUCAGAUGGAUGCUCGUUUUAUGAAUGUUGUUGGCUGGAAACCCUCCGUUCCAACAUCAAUAUCAAAGCCGAGCUAUGAGAGCUCCUAUGGAAACAGCUCUUCUGAUGUGCCCUCGCUGCGGUCUUUCUUCUCGAGACUUACCGCUAGUACGAAUCAUUCACAACUCAAGACGAAAGCUAUGAAGGAAGAAAAAGCUCUUCAGGAAGUUGUCCUUGAGGACUUGACUGCAGUUACAGUUGCGAAUGUCUUCUUACGAGUCACUACGGCUGUUGUAAAGACCUCAGUAACAUCAAGUUUUGCUUCCGAGCUGGAGCGUGCUACAAAGAAGCCACCUCCGAAAACGACCAAACUUGCCAUUCUUACAUCAUCCUAUGAUGAAGCUGCAGCCUCAUCCAAAGAGAAUUUGGUAGCGAAGGGUGUGGAUAUCUUCUCCUCGGUACUCCCCGGUAAGAAGCCUGGUGGAAGGAUCUUCAUCGGUUUCCCUACUCAUCAAACCACCGGAGCUGGAAUGCAUCUUUCGGCACCCUCUGUCAUUCCUACAGUCGAGCGUGAGUCAAUAGAUCUGAACGCAAGAUGGGUGAGAACCUGGAACCUUGAAAUGCUUCGCGUUGCCGGUAUCAUGGCUCGACUUGCCUUCACAAGCGAAAUGUCAGAUCUUUCAGCCCGAAUCAAACGUGCUGCAGAGCUAAACGGUCAUGGCACCAAGGUCACUAAUGCUGAAAUCGUUCAAUUUUUGCCCGAAGCCUUGCAUACAUUGAAGACAUUUACAUUUGGAGAGUCAACGCCAAGUUCACAAGUCUCACAGAUUAUUGAGGAAGCAUUCUGGACUGCAUACAAGAAACCUUCCAUCGAAAUCUACAGUACUCGGGGUGUUCUACCAACCACUAAGGUGCGACUGGCAACAGAAGACCUCAGCGGCUUUGUAGAAGGCAUCCCAGUAGUACCAGGUAUUAUUGCGGAGGGGAGCUUCGUUAACAAACUUAAAGACUUUGGACUCAUUACCGAAAUUACCUUUAGCGACGUCAAGCAAGAAUUGGAAGCCAAGGCUCUUAGUAGAGAGCAGUUGGUACAGUUCAUCGGAUGGGCUGGGAAGAAAGCCAUUACUGGGGAUAUGGACUUAGCAACAGUACACUUCUUGAUGGAUGUUGCUGUUGCCAUGACAGGACAUUCUGAGGACUCCGGCGAUGUGAUCGCUCUGGGAACGAUUACCAACUACUUGAAUGUCAGCAAGAUUCCAGCGGAGUUCCCUAUUCCACCGACCACAAUUCCGUUCCAAUUCACCCGGACCACGGCUGUCAACGAGCUCCAAGCGUUAGGUUGGGAACCACUGGAGAUUGUUCCUUGGCUCCGGUACCUGAUCGAGACGAAUGCUCACAGGCCAGCAAAUCAGAACUUAACGACUUCGGUAGCAUUCGCGGCCAGUGUCUUACAGGUCUUGUCCAAGUCUUGGGAUCUUUUAAGUCUAGGCUCCAAGGGCACAGUCACCUCACUUCUUCAGCCUCUUUCGAUUAUCCCGACUAAGGCUGGUAUGAAGAAGCCUGGAGAGUCUUUCUUCGCCAGUGUGAAGCUAUUCGAUGAUCUACCAACUGUUACAUCAUGCCCUGGUGUGAAAGAGAAGUUCUUCGCUGCAAUUGGAGUCAGAAAGACUGUAGAUCUGGAGACGAUCUUUGCACGUCUUCUUGCACCCGCCCCGGCAACGACACCAGGCGAGAAGGCUGUAAACUAUCGACAUAUGGAGGUCAUCAAAUACCUCGCAUCUGUAAAAGACGACAUUCCCAAAGAAGACAUUCAGAGAUUAAGGAACUCCCAGAUAUGUCCAGCCGAAGCUGGUCCUAAGGGUCUUGAGCCAACUCAGGGCACUGCAAGAUUGUACCGAGUCUCCGAACUCUUUGAGCCCAAGGACUCAUUACGGGAACUUGCUCUACCCAUAAUUCAAUGGCCAGGGCCGCCUGGAAGCUAUCGGCCAGCCAGUAUAGAGGGACGAUUCCUCGCUCUUCUCGGCCUCAGAACGUAUCCCUCUGUUCCCGAGCUUAUAGAUAUGAUGGCUUCAGCCGACGACAAUUUGAGAAAGAGGUCUAUGUACUAUUUCAUUUCCAAUCACCACAUGAAUGGUUAUGCAGCGUUUGACCUCCAUCAGUCGAACAAAGCUUUCCUGCCAAUACAAGGUACCGAUCGUUUGGUCACUCCAUCGCAAUGUUUCACGAAUGAGAGAUGUUCGAUUUUGGGAUUCCGUAUAUUAAAGAAGGAGUUGAGUAUGCAUGCGAAUAAGUUCGGCGUAGCAAUGGAUCCACCAAUAUCUGAAUGCAUGCAGAAGCUCGUUGCUGAGCCACCUCAAAACAAGCAAGAAGCUACAGCACUUUUUGCGUACUUCUCUAGUCGUCUCGGCGAGAUCUCCCAACAAGCAGUUGUUAUCCUCGGCGAUUCUCGGAUCGUCCCAGUUUCGCCACAGAAGCAAGAGGCCAAUGGAUAUCCGAAUGGCAAAGUUUCAGCGAGCCAACCGCAAGUACGACAUCUUACUCCGAAGCAUUGCUAUCUCGGAAGCUCUUCAGCCUACAACGAGAUCUUCGACUUUGUGGACUUCGGAAUGGAAGGGAAUGCUUUCUUACUGAAGUGUGGCUCAAAGAAUGAGCCUACAACUAUCGAGUUAGCUAAUUUAGCUUGCCGAGAACCAGCUCGAUUGCUUGGAAUCUUACAAACACAUGACAAGUAUCUUGAUGUGUUGAGGAAACUGGCGGAUGAGCUUCCACAGCUAAAGCGAGAUAAGGAACUCUUCAAGCAGAUGAGACGUUCCAAGUUCCUUCUUGGUACAAAGGUCAUCGCCGCAAGGAAGGAGAAUAGAAAAUCUAAACAUGGUGAUUCGUUGAGCGGCGAUGACUUUGAGGACGAGGAGAUGGAGGAUGCUCCGAUCAAGCAGUGGCAGCUAGAGGUGGCAAGCCACAUUGUUGUUAAUGACGAUUAUGUGGGCUACCGUCUGUUCAAGGGAUCUUUGAUCUGUGCCCCAGAGGAAGAGAAACUAGAGGACUUCUAUAUCGCUCUCGGCGCACAGACUCUUCGAAGCCUAAUCCAAGAGGAUCUCCGCCUCGGUGGAGAAGCUGCAAAGCAGGAACCUGCAACCAAACUUCGUCUCCAUGUUCUUGAAAGAGCCAAGCUGUUCCUGCACGAGAUCAGACGUGAGAAUAUCAAGCACGAUGGCAGAUGGCUGGAGAAGAACCUCACAGUCAAGGUGGUAACUGCAAUCAACCUCCGACGUUCUCUCCGUGGCCACAGUCUUUCCCACAACGAAAAGAGAUCCGCUGCUCUUGAAAAUGAAAAGAAGACUGGAUGGACACUAUUUGUUACUGCAGGAGAUCUCGAUUCCUACCAAAUCAGUCAAGCCGUGAGUCGACUGCUUCUCGAUCGGCCUAGUCAGAGAGAUUAUUUGACUUUCGAACAAUUUCUAAAUCUUAGUUUGUUCCAAUUACGAGCACGUGGAUACAACGUAGAGCGUAUCCUGCGAGCCAAAGCCGCAGAGCAGCGAAUGGCCGAAGAAGAACGUAGGAAGCAGAUGGCCAUCGAGCAGCAGCAAAUACAAGAGCAGGAAGAGCAAUGGAAACAGCAAGGACAAAUGGUGCCCGCAGCUGCUGCUCGUGAAGAGAGCAUGCCUAUGCCUGGUGGAUUUGGAUCCGACUCACCAGAGAACUCGCCCCAACCAAACCCCAAACGUGGACGGCCCAACAUCUUCUCGAGCUUCACCAAGCGACUUGGCCUCAAUUCCUCCAGCAGUAGUGGCGGCAGCGAAGUGCAAGAGCAACUUCAAAACUUCCUUGGUGGUGGAAGUGGUAACCAAGGCGGUUCCACGCCGAAGGACAAUCCACCCACAUAUGACGAAGCCAACAAAGGCACCGAGAAAGUCUCAUCCCCUGCAGCCGUACAGCAAAACCUCCACAACGCUAUCCAAUCCUCCCGCGCCUACGACUCUUCCACUCUGUUCUCCCCACCGCGAACCGAAACCGUCAAGGAGCAAGCCACAUACUGCGACUCCACACCCUCGCAGAAUAUCACCUUCCUCGCCGACGCCUCAAACGGCACGCGCAUCUUCAUAUCCAAAACCCUCUCCAUGGACCCCACCACCUUCCUCACACAGAACGUCUCCGCACUCAACACAUUUUCACUUCUCCUCCAAGACGUCUGUGAUGUCUACGCGCUGCCACGUCGCGCUAUGCAUAUCUUCUACGACGAGAGUGGCGGAACAAUCGCGUUCAAUUCUGGCGGAGCGAUUUUCUGCAAUUUCAGAUUCUAUUCGCAAUUACAUGUUGCAAAGAUGACAGCUUGUAGUGGAGAGGGCAAGAGUGAGGCUGCUGCAUAUUGGUGGAUUGUGAUCGCUCAUGAGCUGGCACACAACAUCGUGAAGGAACAUAAUGCGGAGCAUAGUUUUUAUACUGAGAUGCUAGCAGCCACCAACUUCCCAAAGAUGAUGACCCGCUGCGCGGCUUACAUCCAAGCCAGCGCUGCCACAUCCUCCUCAUCUACAUCUCAACCCGCAGCCCCGCCUCAAAUCGAGUAUCAGACUCGUCCUCAAAACCAGAACCAGAGCUUACUAGACUAGAGGGUGGCAUUCUUAAGUCCAGGUUCUCCAAAUCGAGUUACGUGGCUCGCAUGUACAUUCUGGUGCAUAUUUGUUUCCCCCUGGCGUUACACCGGUGUUCAUCCCUGUUUAUGUUCCGUUUCCCGUUUCCCGUUUCCAUUCUCUCGCUUAACUUGUUUUGUUUGCUCGUUCCCUAGAUUGGUGGCUUGCUUCAUUCAUUCGUUCAUUCACGCAUACAUGCAGGCGCAUUGGGUACUCUUAGCAUUAGGUAUUGGGCAUUAUAGCAAGACUAAGACUAAGACUGCUGGCAUUGGUAUGCAUUAGCGAGGCGCAAGUAGAUUGAUUGUAUGGUUGGUGGAUUGUUGUUUGUCUUUUUCAGGUAGAGCAUUUGCAUAAUAGAAUUAUGGAUUCUGCUUCAUUUCA